UGUGAGCGAGGCGGGAACCGCUCCUUCUUCUCCGUAGUAUGAUGCGAGACGCCACGCGAGCGUCACGUUACGCGCGUCGACGACUCUCUACUUUGUGUUCUUUUUCUCAUUCUCACUUCCGCUCCCCGUAUACCUCUUAUUAUUCUCUUUCUUAUUCUUAUUCGUUUACGUCGUCGUUGUCGUCAUCGUCGUCGUCGUCGUUGUCUUCGUAGUAGUAGUUAUAGUAGUGCGUUCGGUGAUAAAUGAUAUCAAUGAAAAAGAGAGAGAGAGAGUGAGAGAGAUGUAAAGUUUACGUUUCUCUUUUCAUUGAGACACGUGUCUUCUUCCUCUUUUUCUUUUUCUUUUUUUAUUUUUCUUUUUUUCUCCCACCCCUAUACUCUUCCUUCCAUUUCUUCCCUCGUAUACGCACGUGUUUUACGUGUUAGUGAACCUACUUACAUAUAUAGUGCCGUUGUUUUGGUGGUAGUGUUGUUAUUGUUGUUGUUAUUGUUAUUGUACUGUACGACUUGCGUGUUCUGCGUAAUACCUCCUCGUUUCACCUGCACGAAGUAUUUACCUAUCGUCCGCAGGCAUAACCAACCGACUAUCACGAGUACCACCAUCGCCACACCAUUGCCACACCAUCGCCAUUACUAGAUCUUCUAUCACCACCAUCACUGGGUGGUGAUCGAGCGCGAAAGUUCAAUUGCCUUAUCCUUUUACUCGCUUGUUUCUUUUUUUUUCCCUGAGGGAGAAGGAAAAAAAGAAAAAGAAGAAAAAAGCAAGAGAGAGAGAGAGAGAGAGAGAGAGAGAGAGAGAGAGAGAGAGAAGGAGAGGAAUAAAAAGGAAGAAAAGAAAAGAAAAGAAAAGAAAAGAAAAGAAAAGAGAGAAAGAAAAUAAAAUAAAAUAACAGGAAUGGCGCGUGGGUGAUGGUGGAUGAGUGUUUCUUUCGUGUGGGGUAGUUCGAUUUCAAAGUUUUUUUUUUUUCUUUCUUUUUUUUUUCGAAACUUGAGCGGUGAAAAGUGUGUGAUAUUUGUUUGUGCGUAUGUAUGUGUAUGCGUGUGCGUGCCUGCAAGUGUAUGUAUGUGUACUAGUGUGUCUCUCUCUCUCUCUCUGUGUAUGCGCGCGCGCACUUCUCGCCGUACGCUGUGUGCAUUCUCCCCCACCCCCUCCCCCGUCCCCCCCUCUCUCUCCCUCCUUCCCUCCGUUCUCCCCUUCCUAUGUUUAUACGCGUGUAUGUGUCGAUAGUGCAAAGUUUUAGUGAAAUAUGUCUAAAGUGAUCGGAAAAGUUUCGUCGUCGAGACAACGAGCCCCUUGGAUGUUCUCACGAGAAAUGUUAGAUGCUUCACGAAGACGAUUCGACGAUCUUUCUUACUUCUCUUCUUAUUCUGAUUCUUAUUCUUCCUCUUCGUCGUCGUCGUCGUCGUCGUCAUCUUCUUCUUCUUCUUCUUCUUCGUCAACUUCAACAUCGUCGUCGUGAUCGUUGACUCGUUCCUCGAUUGGUUUCCAAAGAUGUGUUCCUGUCUUGACGGCGGAUCCACAAUAACCGGUGGACGAUCCGCUGCACGUGCGGGAAGUUACGAACGACUUGGUUCGGCACCUACGAUUUUUGAAAUCAGUAGCAUGAUGCAGAGAGCCCGAAGAAGAAUCGGCCAUUGCGAAGAGGAUGUUUUGGACAGUGAGAGACAGGAAGAGCUACGAUUCUAUAACGACGACCAAACGUGGACCGCCGUAGUGGUCGAAAAGAAUCUACGUACGAUCGACCUCUGUGAACUUCUUAAGGUCAAAAGAAACGUCUCUGGGAUCGCUUGGUCCAUCGUGGAAACCUGGCCUGAACUAGGAUUUGAACGUACACUAGAGGACCACGAGGAUAUAUUAGCGGUUCAUAGAGAAAUGGAAAUGUUCGCGCCGCAUCACGAGAGAAAAUUCUACUUUCGUCAGGACUUUCUUAAAUAUGAGUUCUUCAUUAAUCCAAAGCAAUUCUUCCCAAUGGACAUGGUCGCCUUUCCGCACGACGAGGACAGAGGGACCUUCUCCGAAGUGGAAAGUGCCUUAAGGAAUUACCUGUCGCGCGAGGACGGCGAGUGCCCGCAGGUGUUCAGUUCGGUUUGGAUGAGGGACGAGCUCUUGAACACUUGGAAAAAAACUUAUAUGCUGUUACGAGAACGGAAACUCUACACGACGAAGAAGACUAACGGAACGUUCCCGAAACGGCCAUCGGAAAACGACCAGCUAAACCCACUCGCUCAUCUAUCGGACUAUCAUAUAUACAGAAUUCCGAACGCAAGGAGGUGUUUCAACGCGCCCUUCGAGUGGGGCGCCUGUCUGAGGCCAAGAAGCAACGCUGAGGCCGAAGACACGGAGGGUGGGGAGCACGGGCUCAAGGUCAUCGCCUUCCACAGUGAAAAGGCACGGGCUUGUUGGCUUACAGCCAUGAGGCUCGCAAAGUACGGCAAACAGCUCAGGGAGAACUACAGGGCAUUUAAAAACAAGCAGUGCGAACAGUCGUCCGGUGGUAGCCCGAAGGAACAAUACAGCAGUUACAACGUCACCAACGAAUCGGUACGAUCCCGUGUUGCGAUGGACUUUACCGGUAGCGUCGGAAGGAUAGUAGAAGAUCCAAAGGAAGCAAAAGACAUAGCCGAGAGCGAAGGUAUAAUCUGGCGACGAAGAUGGAGGCCGUUCUCGCGUACACCAUCAGGCUGUGCGAUGGUAAGGCUCCAUGGUCUCGAUGGUGGUAUACACGUUCUCCAACCUUGGUUUCAUGGUGGCCUCAAGAGAGAAAUAGCGGCUGCCAUUAUCAGGGAUCACGGCUCGGUCGACGGAGUCUUCCUGGUUAGAGAGAGCAAAAGCAAUCCGGGGGCCUACGUUUUGACUUACAAGUAUAGCGACAAGGUCUUUCACGCUCAGAUUCAACCGGUAUUCGACGAGAGACGCAACUGUUGGCUCUAUACUCUCGACAAGGGUGCAACAAAGUUUUACGAUCUUCUCCAGCUGAUCGAGUUCUAUCAACUGAACGCGGGCUCUUUGCCGACUCGUCUUACCCAUUACGUACAAAAUGGCGUCCCGGCGCCAAUUCCUAGGCCCGAGGACGGCGGUGCUUCACCGUCGCCGCCCGAAGCCAAUCAAAGAUUCAGUGGCAAGCCAGAUCCGUCCUCGGGCAUUUGAGUAUAGGAGAACCAGCGACCCGGUGCCGCUAACGUCGAACGUGUUACAAGCAAUAGAACCGUUACCGUUCGUUCUAAUAACAUCGAUGAGAAUGUUAACAACGACGAAAACGUUCUCGUUAAUAACAACAGCAACAUUAGAAAUAAUAAUAAUAAUAAUAACAACAACAACAACAACAACAACAACAACAACAAUGAGAGUAUCGAUGUAAACGUCGUCCUACCAUCACAGGAUUCAAGACGUACAACAACAACGACCAUACAACAUAAUGGCCCUAGCACUACUGCUAUCGUUGCUGUCGUUGAUGUCGUCGAGAAUCAUCGGCUCGAACGACGUCAACGUUAUAAAAUUAACAACGAGGACGUAUACAAAUUGAAUGCUUAUUUUCGACGACAACAACAACAAGAACAACAAGAACAACAAGAACAACAAGAACAACAACAACAACAACAACAACGUUCGACUCCGCGAUCGGGUUGCUGGAAUCUCUGCCUUUGCAGUUACAAGUGGGACUUGUAGCUUCUAUUCCCAACGAAAUAAACAUUACAGGAUCUUAAAGACCUCGUCCGUGUUUUUCUUUUUUUUUUUUUUUUUAUUGUGUUUUUAUUUUUCUUUCUCUUUUUUUUUUUUUUUUUUUUUUUUUAAUUUUUUUUUUGCUGCUCUCAUCCCAGGGACGAUGCGUCCUUUCGACGCCCUCUCUCUCAUUAAAGAAAAUGAAGAAGAUGAUGAUGAAGAUGAUGAAGAUAAAGAAGAUAAAGAAGAUGAUGAAGAAGAUGAAGAAGAUAAAGGAAGAUGAUGAAGAAGAAAAGAGAGGCAUUUUUAAUAGAGGCUCUAUACUAACUUUCUCAAUCGAGUUUGCCGUUGCUAAUGCUCCUGUUGCUGCUGAUGAUGAUGAUGAUGAUUAUGAUGAUGAUGAUGAUGAUGAUGAUGAUUAUAAUUAUGAUUAUGACUAUCAUGUCGUCGUUGUCGUCGUCUUUGGGGACAACAAAUUUAAGCCGUGUUAACGGACGUGAUAACUCGAUGUUAUUAUUAUAUCGAUCUUUCGACCUUCCGUCGAUUAAAAAGGAUCAAAGCAGGGAAAUAAUCGUCGAAUAUAUUGUUUCGUCUUUUUAACAGGACGAAGAUAUAGAGAGAGACAAAAUAUAUAUGUAAUACGUUCGUACGGAAAACGAA